AUAUGUAUACCCUAGCUUGGAUCGAUCAUGUCCGGGUUUUGGAAAAUGAAAAGGUGGCAAUCCUAGGUAGUACAUGAAUUAAUAUUUUUGCUGGAAACAUUUUAAAUUAAGGUAUUUUACGAAUUUUAUUCUUUACAGGUUCAAUGAAACAGACGCACUUCAAUCUACAUUUUAAAACCUACGUCAUCUGUGCUAUAUGUGGACAAUUUUUUGUUCGGAAAAUAGAAUUUUUGACUCAUUACUUUAAUCACGUAAUAAAAAGAUCUCAGAUUAAAUUUCAAGUAAAUACCACAAACAAAAUAAUCUAUAAAGAAAGGAAGUGCACUCUUUCAAAAAAAUCAAAAACAAAAGAGCGUCGCGAGGUUCAGAAAGAGAGUCCCCAUGGCACAUGUAAAUUAUGUGGGAAAUUCUACAAAUGCCUCGACAAUCAUCUAACGCAUGGCGCGUGCAACAUUUUAUUUAAGUGUGAAAUUUGCUCAAAUGUAUACACUCGCAGAUAUAAAUCUCGACACAUGUUAUUUCACACUAAUCCCAAUCAAUCCCAAUGUAAAAUUUGUUUGAAAGUGUUAAGUAGCAAGUAUAACCUUGAAUAUCACAAACGAACUCACACACUGCCAAAUAUUUUUGAAUGCGAACUUUGUCCUAGAACAUUUACGUCAAUAAAAGGAUUUAAAAAACAUAUAUUUGCGCACAAAAAAAAAUUAAUUGAAGAAACUACAAAGCAACGCCUUACUAAUAUGGCAACGCCCAUAGAAUACAAAUGUGAAAAUUGUUUUAUAAAAUUCAAAACUAAAGAAAUUUAUGAUAAACAUCUCACAUUAAAUCGCUUAGAAAAAUCAUUUAAUUGCGAAAUUUGUUCAGGAUUAUUCACUUUAAAGUGCCAUUCUUUUAUUCAUUCCAAAAGUAAGAUACCAAUUUUGUAUACAAACGUUUCAGAGUAAACAAUUAUUAACUCGUCUCGUCAUAUCAACGAAACACAUAAGAAUAAUAUAAUUAAAUCGUCGCAAGUUAAAGAAGAA